CACAUGUGACGUCAGCGGAAGUUUCGAGAAAGGUGGAGGAAGAGGUCCUUCGCUAAACACAGACCGCUGCCGACGGAGUUAAAAAAAAUAAACGUCUUAUAUUUACUUUAACGAAGGAGUAGAUCUUAGAUAAUUAAAAUUAUGCCGCCUGGUAAGAAUUUUAGGAGGAGGAAAGAGGACUCUACCGACGAGGAAGACGACGAGACAAAGGAAGUCGUCAGGUCCAAACUGGAUGAAGCCAAGGAGCUUCAAAGUCUACGAAGGAGACAGCAUGGAGUGAGCAUUGCAGCGUUACUUGUAGGAGAGAAGCUUCCUUUAGAUGCUGAGCUUGAGGAUGACCCAUUUAAACUAAAGACUGGAGGUGUUGUUGACAUGAAGAAGGUGAAGGACAGAAACAGAGACAUGACCACAGAGGAAAAUGACCUGAAUCUUGGCACCUCCUUUUCUGCUGAAACUAACAGACGAGACGAAGAUGCAGACAUGAUGAAGUACAUUGAGACAGAGUUAAAGAAAAAGAAAGGCAUGGUUGAGGCAGAGGAGCAGAAAGUUAAAGUGAAGAAUCCAGAGGACCUCCUGUACGAGCUUCCAGAGAAUAUCCGUGUCAAUUCAGCCAAAAAGACAGAAGAGAUGUUGUCCAAUCAGAUGCUGAGUGGAAUUCCAGAGGUGGAUCUGGGGAUAGAUGCAAAGAUAAAGAAUAUCAUCAGCACAGAGGAAGCCAAAGCAAAGCUGCUGGCUGAGCAGAGGAAUAAGAAGAAAGACAAUGGGACCUCCUUUGUUCCCACUAACAUCGCUGUGAAUUACGUCCAGCACAAUCGCUUCUAUCAUGAGGAUGUAAACGCUCCUCAGAGACGCCACAGAGAAGAGCCGAAAGCCAGGCCUCUACGAGUAGGCGACACUGAGAAGCCUGCACCAGAGGCUUCACCACCUAAUUUCCGCAAGAGACCGAAUAACGAGAAGGCCACAGAUGACUACCACUAUGAGAAGUUCAAGAAGAUGAACCGAAGAUACUAAUCUUCUGCUUUUUUGUUCAGUCAAUUAGACAUUAUAUCUUUCUUUAAAAUGAAAGAAAAAUGUAAAUAUAUUUUGUUCUUCUAUAUUUUCCUUGGCUUACAUAAAUGGUUUUACAAUAAACGUCUAC